GUGAGAGACCUCCUCAAAACACUGGGAGACUGUUGACUCUUGUACAUGUUGAAAUUUGGUGACAGAACGAAGAGAAAAAGAGGAAAUGAGUCUUUCCGAUGUCACGUCUGCUGCUUUAGUGAGUUUUCUAGCAUAGCACCGCUGGAGGACAACUCAACGAGGUGAGAUGAGGGACCGACUGUGUGAGCUGCAGACCUUCACCCCCAUGCCUGCAGAGGAGGUGCGCAGGCCCGUGGAGAACCAGAACCACACCGCUGACGAUGAGGAGCAUCUGGAGCAACAUGCCAUCGUGUUUGAGGGAGAAGACAUGAUGGAUGGCAUCUACAAGGAGGCCCAGGCGAUGAGGAAGGAGAUGCUGCUGCUCAAAAUGGACGUGAAGCGUCUCGGGAAGCAGAACACCAGGUUCCUCACGUCCGUCAGGAGGAUAAGCAGCAUCAAACGGGACUCCAGCGCUCUGGGACGGGACAUCAAGGCCAGAGGGGAGGCCAUUUAUGCACGGUUGGAGAAACUGGGGAAGCUGACCAAGGACCUGGAGGAGGAGCACGGGCCUACAUCAGCUGUAGCCCGCAUGGUGCGUUCACAGUAUGUGUCUCUGACCAGGGCCUUCCACGAUGCAAUGUCUGAGUACAACGAGGCUGAGAUGGUCCAGAGGGAGAACUGCAAGACCCGCAUCCAGAGACAAGCGGAGAUCAUGGGCAAGGAGGUGAGCAGGGAGCAGAUAGACGAGAUGAUCGAGACGGGCAAGUGGAACGUCUUCUCGGAUAAUCUUCUCCAGGAAGGAAAGACUGCCAGGUCUGCUCUCAGCGAGAUCGAGAACCGGCACAAGGAACUCCUGGAGCUGGAGGGCCGCAUCAGAGACAUUCAUGAGCUUUUCUUCCAGAUGGCCACGCUGGUGGAGGAGCAGGGCUGCAUGCUGGAUAACAUAGAGGCAAAUGUCAGUGCAACUCAGGACUACGUCAUCAAGGCUUCAACUCAGAUCAAGAAGGCUGUGAAAUACAAGAAAAACAAUCCAUGCAAGAAACUCUUUUGCUGUUGCUUCCCUUGCUGCAAUUGAGACAUCAUCAGUCUUUUUUUUUUCUCAGUGACAUCAAAAUACUGAGAUUAGAUUCAAAUCAGCUUCCUACACAAAGAUGCUUGUAAUAUUUUGUUUUAGUUUGUGUAUUUAUUGAGCUCUAAUGAAGCAAUGAGUCAAUUUUAAAUUAAGCAGCAGAAGUGCCCAAUUAUUAUUAUUUUCUCUAUGAACCGGUCUGAGAAAAAGGUCUGGUGUAUUUUGAAACCACACAUUCGUAUGCAAAUAUGUACAGUGCGAUAUGAGUGUUAUGUUUCCUGAUUGUUACUGAGACCAGCGUUUGCAAGAUAACUGUAAAGACAUCUAGGCUAUUAUUUUAUGCAUAACUCCAAGCCUUCUUGCUCUUUCAGCUUUGUACGUUUGUAAGUUGUUCUAUGAAAUAUUUAAGUGAUGUAAAGUAUAAUUUACUUAGAAAUAAAUGCCUUAGAGUGGCUAGUUUU